CAGCCAGGGAGAAAGAAGCACCAUGCCCAAGCACGCGGUAGUGACCUUGCGCUACGGACCCUACAGCGCGGUGGGCCUGUCCGUGGAGCACCGCACCUACCGCCUGGAGGGUCUGCAAGCUGUGUUGGCCAAAGAUGGACAUGAGAUCAUCUUGGAGCAGAUAGAAGACUGGAAUCUGGUGGAGCUUGUGGUAAAUGAAGAAAUAGUCUUCCAGUGUGAUAUCCAAGACCUGGAGUUUGUUUUACCCUUCAAACCCAUGUCCCGCGAUCCUGUGAACCUCAGCUUACGAGAGCAAUCACAGGACCAUUUCAGCAGUGUGACAGAGAGGUGA